UCCACCGAGAGAGAGAAAACACGACGGGUGCAGAGUUAAGCGGGUGGAGCAGCAGCUAGCAAACAGCGAGGCAUCAAACCGGCUUGCUUCUUUUUUCAGUCUAGAGAAAAUUUCCCGUUUUCUCUCUCUUUCCCCAUCUCAAGAACCGAAGAUUCUCUCGUCAUCCAUUCCUUUGGAACCCCCACAACCUGUUUGCAUCUUGAGGCUUCUCGGAGACUCCUCAGAGGAAUUUUCCAUCAUCGGCGCCAUUGGACUUGAAGGAUUUUUCUGUCGGUCAUCAUGAUGCGGGAAUUAUCAGUUUGUUUAGUCCUGGUGCUUGCAGUGGUUUGCAUGGUGGACGCAAGACCCAAGACACACAAGAGGCGUCAUCAUGGCGAAGGGGACGCAGAAGAAGGAGUUACUCCUUGCACCUACAUGGUGUGCCCAAAGGGAAGCGAGUGCACCUUUAACUCCAGCCUUGGCGACCCAUUUUGCAUAUGCAUGAGGGAAUGCAAACCGCAUCAACGCCCUGUCUGCGGCUCAGACGGGGUUGUCUACGACAACCACUGCGAGCUCCACCGUGCAGCGUGCAUCCACAAGAAGCACAUAGCCGUGGUGAGAGACACACUGUGCGUCAAGCCGACACAGGAACUCAUCGGAGGUCAACCGGAAGUGUACGAGGAGAAACCGGAAGUAGAGCACGAGGUCAAAUCAUCGGCACCGGUGGUCGAGAAAGACCCGGAAGUAGAUGAGGUGAACCCGGAAGUAGAUGAGGAGGAGGAUGAGCAGAUUGUGGAGGAGGAGGAACCGGAAAUAGAGGAGGAGACACCGGAGGUUCAUGAGGAGAAACCGGAGGAUGUUGAAGAUGAUUCGAAGGAAGAGACUGAUGAGCCAAUUGUCGAAGAAGAACCGACUGUAUCGAAUUGCUCACCUGACGAUCUUAUCGAUUUUAAAUCGAACAUUCUUGAUCAUUACCGGAUCCAGUUCAACAACCCAACCGACGAUUCAUCACAACCCGAAUUGGACAAGAAAUUCCUGGUGAGUUUGAUGACGAACCACUUCGAUACAACACGUGACAGUCUCCUCACGAGGGACGAGAUUUCCUCCGUGAUUGCGCGAGAUAACGUCAGUGGGCUCUCCGCUAAGUGCUCUCUCUUGGACAUCUUGAGCUUCUUCGACAAAAACGCCGACCAGAAGCUGGAUCCUUAUGAGAUGUAUGACGCAUUCGAUGUUCAGACGGUAACCAUUGCUGAGAAUCUUCGCCAGAUGCUUAAGGUGGCCAAUGCUGGGGAUAACAUCGUCUUGGUCUGUGGUAUCGACGUAGAAGAUAAAUCACAUGUUAUCUGGCAACGCAAUGGAGUGGAUCUCGUUGAUAUCCCACUAUUGGAUGGAAUGAAGACAUACGACGAUGGGACACUGUACUUUCUGAAGCUGACGCUGAUGCACAUGGGGACGUACACGUGCUAUGUUGAAGGCUACAAGUCCGUCAAACAAACGUACACCCUUCAAGUUCAAGUUCCCCCGACUGUUCACACCUGCCCGAGUGCCAGGUUCCAGUCCUUGGGUAAAGUGGGCAGGAUCCAGUGUUACGCCCAAGGAGUACCCGAACCAGAUAAGACAUGGAGUAAGAAUGGAGUCCCAGUGGUAGAAAGGCCAGGACUACGUCUUGAAGGUCAAAACACCACAGUGCGUAUUGAGAAUCUAGACUACCCAGACACCGGCAAGUAUAUCUGCACAGCAAACAACGAGGCGGGAACCGUACAGUCUGUCUCUUCAGUCUUCAUCCAGGAGAAUGCUAGAGCUCUGGACCACGGACCCCUUCAUGUCUAUUACCUGUUCCACGCAAACGGCAUCCGAGUCGUGGAACCAGACUCAUGUGGAUUCAAACUGAACGUUCCGACCAAUCACGUCUUGCCUAAGCCCCACGGUGUCCUCUGUCCAAUGACGCCCUCUGGCGACACAGCCUGCUCAUGGGGUGACGCAGUCAAUGUUAACAAUCAGUACAUCUACGUCACACAACCCAUGAAUAAUCGAAUCAUCAUGAUCGAUAUCAGAACCCAACAGAUUAUUGAGGUGAUCCGCACAGACGCCGUUCCAGUGUCUCUUCAUUACAUCGAGCACCAUGACACACUAUGGGUCGUAUGUUGGCGAUCUACGGAUGCCGACGAAGGCACGCGAUCUAUACAAGUCAUCAAGUACGCCAGUCAGGGUGAGACCCAUGCCCCAAUCCACACCACGCCCAUCGGACACCACUUCGACGUCAUCAAGGGACUGUUCAUCCCCCAAGUUCAGAUCGUCAAUCAGGGAGAUUACAAGUUUGGUUACGUAAUCCACAACCAUCAGAUGGCGAUCACGAAGAUCAACCUGGACACGACAACUCUUUCAUCCACGAUCGUUUUGACCCAGUACGAAUGCUACCCGGAAUCCGUGGCCUUCUUGGCGACCGGCGGUUACGUCAUCGUCAACUGCGCAAAGGACGAGUUCCAGCAGUCUAAGCAGCUCAUCCUCGACUACAUGACCGACAUCGUCCUGAAUGUUAACGAUGGCAUUCGCGGGACACCGUACGUGUCUCCCGACGGUCGUUACGUCAUCAGUGCCGACAACCAACACGGUCUCGUGUACAUCCAGAAGGUCACAACAUCCGGUAAGGUCAAGACCCUCUUUGAGGUCAGCACCAAUCUUGGGGUCAGCGACGUCGGAUUCUUCCCCAGCAAGACCGACACUCACACCUACGAUAUCCUGGUGACGUCACGUGACCGCCCGGACGUCCUCUUCGUUGACCUGGAGACCAGUAAGGUCAAGAUGAUCCCGGGCGUCUUUCAUCCAAUCAGCGGCGAGAGCUGGCCCUGGAACGAGCACAACCGGCACAUCGUCAACAGUGGCGUGUUUGGGUCACACGUAGCCACGCCCGGUGCUGAUCACGUGGUACUGAUUGACGGCAACAAGAAAUCGGUCAAGUGCGACAUCGAUGACGUCAGCCAGAGCAACGUCAUGCUGUGGGUCGGAGAUUGCUACUAAGAAAUGUAUUCAAAAUUCUUGCAAAUUGAACCUUUUUUCCUGCGUACACGCCCUCUUAUUUUCACGAUGGAAUCUGUGUGUGAUUAUUGCUUUUCAACUUGGCGUGAUGUGUGCGUGAAGGCACGGCGUGGGAUUGUGGAAGCCCAAAGUAUAUGUGUUGAUGAGUACUGUGGUGUAUAAGAUGAAAACCCUUUAAAUAGUUGCCAAAUAUUGACCUUUAAAAAAUCAUGUGAUAGUUUUAGUCUAGCGCCACCAAUUUUACUAGUGUUGUAAAAGUAAGGGUUUCUUUUUUCCUGUAUGAUAAUAAUAGUGUCAGUGUCCUGGAAAGUCUGAGGAAGGAAAUAACCCGGAUUUGAGCAGUGACUCCGGAAGAAGCUGCCUGAAAUAACAUGAAAGCAGCGGAAGCACACGUGUGAAUGUGCACGACUCUUGAAGCAGCUUGCUUAGCGGUUUUGGCUGUGGGGCAUUAAUCGAAACAUACGAUUUUAUUCAAUUAUUGCUUUGUGGUCAGUGGUUUGUGGUGAACUUAACAUUGUUCCUAGUAUCGAUCACGAUGUGCAAUACUCAAGGUUGUUUUCUGCAUAAGAGACAGCGUACAUGUGUGUUAAUCGUUAAUGUUCCAGCCAUGUAUAAUCAUGCCUAAAAUAAUAUACAAGUGGCAUGAAGUUAAUACCAAAACUGGGGGUCGAUUUCACAACAAACUAUAAAUCAUCUUUAAAAUGAGUUGCCAGUAUCAUCAUGGUGUUUUGUAUUAUGACGUUGCAGUUUGCUGAGCGAUUGAGACUGAUUUGCGCUUAACAUCAAUCUUAACGCUUUACGAAAUCGAGCUCAGUUUACGGUCAGACAAAGGAUUGAGUAAAAAUCUCGCGCAAUCACGUAAAAUUUCAAGUCGCGAAAAACAGGAAACCGUUAUAAUGUUGAAAAGGUUUCAGUAUUAAUUGUAGUGUAAACAAUUGCAUAGUUUCUUAAGUUAGUAGUUGGUGUCAUCAUAGGGGAUUUCCCUGAUUUUUAUUAAUUAUUAUUUCCCGCCGAAAAUGGGACUUUUGAAGUCUGAAGACACCUCUCUUACUUCCGGAGGCUUUCGAUAAUCGAUAAUCGAUAUAAUUAAUUAUUGAUCAUGCUCACUUAUCGAUUAUUUGCCUUCAUGUUUAAUUUUUUUCUUCGCUUCCUCUCUUUAAUGCAUGAGUUGUACAUAUUAUACUAAAAUGUAUCAUUUUGCGUUAUUUUCUUAUAUUUAUUAUUAUUUAUUUUGUAUCUGAUAAUGGAAUUAUCUUUGUAUAUUCAUAAUUAACUUUUAAUGUUCGUCGUAUUUAUAGAUAAAUUGAUGUGUGUUUGUGUUGUAAUAUAUACAGCAAGCAGUGAUUACGUACACGUGACGUUGCUGAUGAAUAUUCAAAGAUAGGUACCUAGACGUCUUAAAUGAAUUAUACGUAUUUAGUCUUACACGUACCCAGUUUACAAUCGCGUACUAUCAUACGAUUUAGAUAUGUCCAUAGCCUAUAAGUCAUAGAAGGAUAAUUGUGUGUGCCGCUAGAGUUAGGAUGAUGUUGUUUAAUAUCAAAAUUGUUGAUUUUUAUCACGGCAUAGUUUUGUUCAAGCUGAAUACAAAUCGGGUUAAUAUCAUAAUAAUAGCAGGCAUUUAUAGAGCGCUCUUGUAUACACAGGAUACAACGCUUUACAACUUGAAACAGAACAAUAAGCAACUAAAUAAUAGCGUUAACAAUGGAAAAACAGUUAAGGUUGGUGGGAGCAUGGACUACCUCCAUGGUGGGAGAUAAUGGCCGCUGUCUAAUUAAAAAUUCAUACCUUCUUAAAUCAAGUUUUCGGAGUAUUGAAAAUAAUUAAUUCAAAUGCUCAAAAUAAAAAUGGGGCUAAAAGUUUACCGACAUAGUUUAUCCGAAUUAACGGCGAUCAGAAACACAUAUUUGUAUAAAUGUUCUGACAGGAGUACAGACUUGAUGACAAGUCGUUAGGCACAGUGCGAUGUUACACAUGCAACAGUCGUAGGUCGCGCGAGGCAAAUACUGGGUCGAGAGUGUGUGUAUCGUCCCCGUAGCUACGCCGCGCUGUAACUACACUCACCGCGCUUAACAAUUACCGUCUUGACUUCAAGACUAACAGGAGUAUAGUUUUUGUUUCAGUAAAUAGAGUUCUAAGAUAACCUGAACAGGAUCAUGCCAGAAUGUAGCUAGCUAAGCUCCAUGUUUACAUCACCAAUAUUAGUAAUGUAUUGCACUUGGUGUGUGUGAACAAUAACCUAUAGACGUGCUUACUAUAGCUAUCGUUUAAUCGUUUAACUAAUGGCAUCGUUUAUAGUAAUCGUUUAUAAACGUUUAAUAAACGUGUGGCUGUAAACUUAAA